CAGAGGGCGGCAGGCGCGGCGCUGCCGCCUCGGCGGGGCCGGCGGAGGCGAUCCGAGCGGCGGGAGCGCGACGGCGGCGGGCAGGCGGGCAAGCGGGCAGGCAGGCAGGCAGGCAGGCAGCUCGGCUGCCGCCCUGCCCAGGCGGCGCCCGGCCGCGCCAUGAAGCUUGUCAUCCUGGAGACGUACGCGCAGGCCAGCGAGUGGGCCGCCAAGUACAUCCGCAACCGCAUCGUCCACUUCGGGCCCGGGCCCGGGCGCUUCUUCACGCUGGGACUGCCCACAGGCAGCACGCCGCUGGGCUGCUACAGGAAGCUGGUGGAGUACUGCCGGAACGGCGAUCUCUCCUUCAAGUACGUGAAAACCUUCAACAUGGACGAGUACGUGGGUCUCCCAAGGGAUCACCCGGAAAGUUACCAUUCCUUCAUGUGGAAUAACCUCUUUAAGCACAUUGACAUCUCAGCAGAAAACGUCCACAUUUUGGAUGGAAAUGCACCUGAUCUACAGGCAGAGUGUGAUGCAUUUGAGGAUAAAAUCAAGGCAGCUGGAGGAAUCGAACUCUUUGUUGGAGGUAUUGGCCCAGAUGGUCACAUUGCCUUCAAUGAGCCUGGAUCAAGUUUGGUGUCCAGGACACGAGUGAAGACCUUGGCCAUGGACACUAUAUUGGCCAACGCCAGAUUCUUUGAUGGUGACCUCUCCAAAGUCCCCACAAUGGCUUUGACGGUUGGAGUAGGCACUGUCAUGGAUGCUAGAGAGGUGAUGAUUCUUAUCACAGGCGCCCACAAAGCCUUUGCGUUGUACAAAGCCAUUGAGGAAGGUGUCAACCACAUGUGGACGGUGUCUGCUUUCCAGCAACACCCCAACACUGUGUUUGUGUGUGAUGAAGACGCCACGCUGGAACUCAAAGUUAAGACAGUGAAAUACUUCAAAGGUCUAAUGAUGGUUCACAACAAGCUUGUGGAACCCUUGUACAGCAUGAAGGAGACAGGAGCAGAACAAAGCCAAUCUAAGAAGCCAUACAGUGAUUAAUCUCACUGUUCAGAGUAGUGCUGAACCAGACUUCUGUUGAAAACCAGCUGUGAAAAAAAGGAAUUGUGCAGAAGCUCAUGUUUGUUCUUAAAUUAGCAAAAUGAUUAUGUGCUUGCUUUUCUCCAUUAAAAAGACAGAUGGCAAACACCUGCUUUAAUUAACUGAG